CCUCGCCUGCCUUUCGCUUCUUUUAAGCCUUUACACUCCGCUCUCUCUCUCACCGUCGCAUGCACCCCCACCAACCUGCAGAUGCGAGCCGCCGAGCACGCUAGAAGUUUCAGUAGCAGCAAGCGGCCUCGUCGGCGUCUCUGCGUAGCCGUAGCCUCCGUCGGAAAUUGCCAAGCCCGCAGCCAAGAAAGACCGCAAUAAGCGAGCCAUUGUGCAGGGACAGAGCGUCGACCUGGGAUGGAGAGAGGCGCCGCGGCCGAGGAGGAGGAGGGGAGGGCGCUGAGCGAGGCGCUGACAGCGGAUUCGGCCGACGACGAGGGGCGCCGCGGGAGCAGCUCCAGCGCCACCUCCGAGGUCGCAUCCACUGAGUCCUCCUACUCCCCGCCCGACGAGUGGCAGCGGGUCGCCAUCAAGACCUGCGUGUUGGCUGACGUCGUCACGGCCGGGACGGCCGGCAAGGAGAAGCACGGAGCCUCAGAGAUGGGGAUGAUGAAGGAGAGGUUCUCGAAGCUGCUGCUGGGCGAGGACAUGUCGGGCAGCGGCAAGGGCGUCUGCACCGCGCUCGCCAUCUCCAACGCCAUCACCAACCUCUGUGCGACGAUUUAUGGGCAGCUCUGGAGGCUGGAGCCGCUGCUGCCGGAGAAGAAGGCGAUGUGGCGGCGAGAGAUGGAUUGGCUGCUCUGCGUCAGCGACCACAUCGUCGAGCUGGUGCCCACAUGGCAGACGUUCCCGGAUGGGACUAGGCUUGAGAUCAUGACAAGCAGGCCACGGUCUGAUCUGUACAUCAAUCUGCCGGCACUUCGGAAGCUAGACCACAUGCUUCUCGAAAUCCUUGAGAGCUUCAGAGGCUCUGAAUUCUGGUACGUCGACCAGGGCAUCUGCGCGCCGGACUGCGACGGCUCCGCCUCGUUCCGGAGGACGUUCCGCCGCCGCGACGACAAGUGGUGGCUCCCGGUGCCCCGCGUGCCCCCCGGCGGCCUCCGCGAGGCCACGCGAAGGCGGGUCGAGCACAGGCGCGACUGCGCCAACCAGAUCUUGAAGGCCGCCAUGGCCAUCAACAGCAACGCCUUGGCCGAAAUGGACGUUCCCGACUCUUACCUCGACUCGCUGCCAAAGAACGGACGUGCGACGCUGGGCGACGUCAUAUACCGUUACAUCACCUCGGACCAGUUCUCCCCUGAUUGCCUCCUCGACUGCCUCGACUUGUCGUCGGAGUACCAGGCGCUGGAGAUCGCCAACCGCAUCGAAGCCUCCAUCUACGUGUGGCGUCGGCGGGGCGCCGCGAAACCGGGAAGCCGCGCGGGCGCCAAAUCGUCCUGGGGCAUCGUGAAGGACAUGAUAAUGGACACGGAGAAGAGGGACCCGCUCGCCGAGCGCGCCGAGAGCGUCUUGAUAUCCCUGAAGCAAAGGUUCCCCGGGCUCACACAGACAAGCUUGGACAUGAGCAAGAUUCAAUACAACAAGGACGUGGGGAAAUCGAUCCUUGAGAGCUACUCAAGGGUCCUCGAGAGCCUAGCCUCCAACAUCAUCGCACGGAUCGACGACCUGCUCAACGUCGACGAGCUUAGCAAGCAGUCAGACCACCUCCCGGCCGGCGGCGCGGACGGGAAGAUCGCCAGCUGCAAGAACAACAACAGCAAGGACAUGGUGCCGUCGCCGUACCCGGUGGUGCCCGCCUCGGGCACUCCGUACGCCACGCCGAGCUUCUCGCCGGCGCAGCUGUCGAGCCCGUCCAAGAUCGGGAGGGCCCUGCUGGUCGACCGCCGGUCGCACCACGGCAGAGGGAUUGGCGCCAAGAUAACGAUGUCAUCGAUGGCUGACCGCGCUGGCUUGGAGGCCGUCAAGGGGGUGCUGGUCGGAAGCGCCGUGUUCGACGUCCCGACGGCUGCCACAGCAGAGCUGUGAAAAUCCAGGCCAGGUUCUGGGUUCAGAUGAGGUCGCCGGAAGACGCCUCUCUGUGCAUACUUUUACCUCGUGUCGGCGCCGUCGUGUGCGCGCGGUUGAUUUGUUGAGACGCGUUGUUAGCAUAGGGGGGCGAUGCGUCUUGCCGUUUGCCGCCCACGGUUUGUAAUGCUUGGCGCAGUGUCUUGUAGACUACUUAUUUGCUGCAAGUGUUGAGAGAGUUUUUAAUCCGAUAUU